GCCCAUCAAUGCCAUCUGUCAGUGCUCAUCAGUGCCACAUAUCAGUGCCUACCAUCAGUGCCACCAAUCAGUGCCAGUAAGUGCCGCCUUUCAGUGCCACCUAUCAGUGCCUGUCAGUGCUGCCUAUUAGUGCUGCCUAACAGUGCCAGUCAAUGCCACCUAUUAGUGCCAGUCAGUGCCACCUAUCAGUGCCAUAUAUGAGUGCUGCCUUUCCGUGCCCAUCAGUGAUGCCUGUCAAUGCCCAUCAGUGCCACCUACCAGUGCCUCCUCAUCAGUG